ACAUAUGUUUUUUCCCUUCGUUUUCUCUCUUCUUCGCUGCCAUUUUCUUUCUUUUUAUUCCUUGCUUUAAGCUUCCAUUUUUCCUCUUUGGAAAACUCAACCAAGUUGGAGUAUGAGUGAAGAUGAUUGGGUCAAACAAGCUUUGACCGAUUCCACGUUGGCGGCAAGGGCCUUACUCAGCCUCUUCCAAUCGGAGUCUCCGCCACCGCGGUCAGGCAGCGCCACCUCCCAAGCUUUACAAAUCGAAUGGAGCGUCCGUCAACGCCGGUCCAAGCAAUCUCUCAAGAAUAAAGCUGAACCGACACGUGCCAGCCCCAACACGCCACUUUCUUGGAGCGGUGGCGUGUCUGUUAGCGGAAGCGGUAGCGGUGACGGUUCCGAGGAAUCUAGCCGUCCUCCUUUGAAGCCUGUGGAAAACGCUAGAUCUAAGGUUGCGACGACAAAGGAGAUUACCCCUCCCAAGCGGUCUCGGAGGAAAAAAACAUUAGCUGAACUUAAAGAGGAGAUAAGUUCACACUUAAAGGAAAACAAGAGUUUAAAGAAUGAAUUGGAGAUUGUGAAGCUCAAAUUCGAGAACAUCAGAACCGAAAACAAAACUUUGAGCAGAAAGCUCGAAUUCGAGAAAGACAGAGCCACAGAAGAAAGCUCUAAGAGAACGAAGUUCGAUUAUCACCCAGCAAUGGAAAUGACUAUCGAACCAAACGAUGCAAUCUCAGAGGCACGCCUGGAAAGAGAAGUAGCUUGUCAUACAUGUAUUGGAUGUUGUGAAGGACAAGAUAUGGCAAUGGCAAGUUGCAACGAAACAUCGUUUGAGCUGCCGGAUCUCAAUCUUCCAGUCGAGGACGGUUUAGGUUGUUGGAGUUUGUUAAUGGAAAAUAGGUGAGAAGAUCCAUUUUUUUCCCACAAAAAUUCAAUUGGUAGCUAAAGCAUUAACAUAGCAGCC